GCAAUAGGUGCUUACCCUGUUGAAAGUGAAGACUGUGAAAUGGUGAUGGUUUUAUUUGUUCCAAUAAAUGAUGAUGGGAGGGAUCCUAAUACACAAUCAAUUUUUGAAAAAAACGAAUAUUAUAGUGUCGGUGAAAAAGUUAUAACAGUUGUAUCAUCAACUCACCUUACGAUUAAAAGAGAUCCUGGUUCAAAUAGAUGUCCAUUGAAAGUUUCAUUAGUAGGUGUCGCUCCAGACACACCAAAGGAAGUUAAUGACGAGAACGCAAUAAUUGAUAUAUUAGUAUCAGAUUACACUAUGAAAAGCCACAGUCAGAUGGAGAUUAUAGAAGAAGAAUUAUAUGUAUAUGCCAUUGAUAUCUCUUACAUUGAUGUUUAUUCUGUAGAUAAGAAAAAAGGUUCUGAUUCAAGCAAUUCUCAAAUUACGCCUGUAUUGUAUAAAUCGGUUCGAUCAAAACUUUUAACUGUUUAUCAAAAUGCUAAUGAAGAGUCGUCUAAAGUACUUAAGGUCAGAAAAUCUGAUCAGGACAAAGAGCCGAAUAAACUACCAAUUGACUUUACUAUUAUAGAUUCUCAUCCAAGCAAAUGUGUAAAGAUAGAAAAUGAAAAAGAUGAUUAUGCUGAUCUUUAUUGUGAUGAGGAUAAACAUGUGGAUGAUCAUAAUAAAGAUAUAAACGAAAGUGACAAAUGUGAAGAAAAUAUUGUCCUUGAUGAUAAAACAAUGAAGCAUAGUUAUGGAAAAGUAAAUAAAGGUAAAGGAAAGGUGACUCAGCCUGUCAUGCACAAUACUAGAAAUCGAACUGAAAAGUUCAAAAGUGUAAAUAUUGAUGAAGAUGAAUGA